ACGCCUUUGGUUGCAAUGAAAAAUGAUUUUAACACCUUAGCCAUAUCUCAUGAGUUGUCUGGUUAAGGUAAAGUAAGGAAAUAAAAGAAGAAAAAAAAGAAUGUGCCCUCGUUACAUAGAGGGCAACUAAUAUUGUACCGGUGGGGAAAAUAUAUAAAACAAGACCAAUUAUUGCAACUUGACAAUUAAACAGUUUAAGCAACAUUUUCUUUAUUUUAUACUUGGUACACAACCUAAUUUUUUUUUAAAAUGUAUAAACUUAUCGUUCUCGCUAUGGUCCUCUACACCGUCAGCGCUGGUGUCAUUCUAGACCACAAACCUGCCGUCAUUGUACACCAUGGAGCUACAUCUCAUCAAAACAGCAACUCGCUUUCAGUCCACCCUGUUCCUGUUGUUGCUCAUAAAGUGGCCGUUGCUCAUGUUGCUCAUGCUCCAGUAAUCGCACAUGCUCCAAUUGCUGUUGCUCACGCACCCGUAGCCGUUGCACAUGCUCCUGUCCUACAUCAUGCUGUGCUUCAUCAUUAGGGUCUACACUUGAAGCAUCGAAGCAUGCAAAGAGAUGAGCAACGAUUUUAUUUAUUUAUGUAUAUUAUGUAAUAUAGAAUUUAAAAUAUGAAA